AUGGAUGGCAAGCUGCUGAAGAAAGCAAGAAGCAAGAAGCAAGAAGGAAAGAAAGGAUGGUCGGGGCCUGCAACUGCGCCUAACGAAGGAAUGUCGGAGUUUCCCAAGAGCUGGCUGGCUGGCUGCUAUGGCCAGAGAAAAAAAAGAGGGCUGUUUGCGGCGCGCUGUUUUGGGGGCUGCAGGGAGACACACAACACACACAGGGAAUAA